AGAAAAGAAGAUAAUUGUGGAUGGACACAAUAAAUACCGCUCCCAGGUCUCUCCUCCUGCUGUGGACAUGCUGAAGAUGGUACUUGGAAGGGCACUACUGUUUAUCAUAGCUAGUCGGAGUGCUUCACUCUUUCGGUCGCAAUGCGCUUCGAGGAGACUUCCCUGACUGGACCAGAACUUGCACAGAAUGAACUAAAUGUUUGUGGGUUGAUUAGGAGGAGUUUGCCUGGCAAACAAAGCACGAAAGGCUUAGAGAGCAGAGAGAGUCUAACAGGUGAUUUCAGAGUCAAAGGGAACAGCGCAAGGACCGUACGCAGCAUGAUUCCCAUGGAAACCCCCCAAGAGCUGGGACACGGAGCUGGAGGCCUUUGCUCAAGCCUAUGCAGAGAAGUGCAUCUGGGACCACAACAAGGAGAGGGGCCGACGAGGAGAAAACCUCUUUGCUAUGACCCCAACCCUGGACCUGGAAUUUGCUGUGGAAGACUGGAACGGGGAGGAGAAAUACUACAACUUAACAACCGCCACGUGCACCCCUGGGCAGAUGUGUGGCCAUUACACCCAGGUGGUCUGGGCAAGCACACAUCGUAUUGGCUGUGGGGUGAAGUUUUGUGCAAAGAUCGACGGUAUUGAAACAGAGGACAUGUACCUGCUUGUCUGCAACUAUUAUCCCCCGGGUAAUAUGAAAGGCCGAAAGCCGUACAAGGAAGGAUCCUCGUGUUCCCAGUGCCCAGAGGGUACCUUGUGUGUCAACUCCUUGUGUGAACCCACUGUAGAAGAGACCACUACAUCCUCUGUGACAACAAAGGCAAGCCCAUCCACCACAGCCACGGCCAAGCCAAAACCCCCAACCACGCUACCCACCACAGCCACGGCCAAGCCAAAACCCACAACCACGCUACCACCCACAACCACGCUACCCACCACAGCCAAGCCGAAACCCACAACCACGCUAUCCACCACAACCACAGCCAACCCAAAACCCACAACCACACUGCCCACAACCACGCUACCCACCACAACCACAGCCAAGCCAAAACCCACAACCACGCUACCCACCACAGCCAAGCCAAAGCCCACAACCACGCUUCCCACCACAACCAUGCUUCCCACCACAACCACAGCCAAGCCAAAACCCACAACCACGCUACCCACCACAGCCAAGCCAAAGCCCACAACCACGCUUCCCACCACAACCACACUACCCACCACAACCACAGCCAAGCCAAAACCCACAACCAUGCUACCCACCACAACCACACUACCCACCACAGCCAAGCCAAAACCCACAAUCAUACUACCCACCACAACCAUGGCCAAGCCAAAACUCACAACCACGCUACCCACCACAACCACAGCCAAGCCAAAACCCACAACCACGCUACCCACCACAACCGUGGCCAAGCCAAAGCACACAACCACGCUACCCACCACAACCACAGCCAAGCCAAAGCCCACAACCACACUACCCACCACAACCACAGCCAAGCCAAAACCCACAACCACACUACCCACCACAACCGUGGCCAAGCCAAAGCACACAACCACACUACCCACCACAACCACAGCCAAGCCAAAGCCCACAACCACACUACCCACCACAACCGCGGCCAAGCCAAAGCCCACAACCACACUACCCACCACAACCACAGCCAAGCCAAAACCCACAACCACACUACCCACCACAACCAUGGCCAAGCCAAAGCCCACAACCACACUACCCACCACAACCGUGGCCAAGCCAAAGCCCACAACCACACUACCCACCACAACCACGGCCAAGUCAAAACCCACAACCACGCUUCCCACCACAACCACGGCCAAGUCAAAACCCACAACCACGCUUCCCACCACAACCACGGCCAAGCCAACACCCACAACCACGCUUCUUACCACAACCACGGCCAAGCACAAACCUGCAACACUGGCACCUACUACAACCACAUCAUCAACCACAACUACAUUAGCAACCUCAGCCAAGCCAAAACCCACAACCACACUACCAGUCAAGACAAAACCCACCAUGCCAGCAGCUACCACAACAGCAGCCAAGCCCAAACCUACAACACCAGCACCCACCACAGCCAAGCCAAAGCUCACACAGCCAGUGCCUACCACAAGCAUUACAGCCAAACCAACACCCACCACACCAACACCCACCACAACUACUUCUGUGGCCAAACCAAAACCCACUGCUACAACAUCAGCAAAGCCAAAACUCACUACCACAACACCAGUACCUACCACAGUGAUAACAACUCUGCAACAGAAACCUACCACAACUACAAAGCCAGCACUCACCAAAACAGAAGGACCUAUUCCUACUGAGGCAGAUGGGCUAACGCUGUCCUUUGAGCCCACGUUAGACUUGGAUUAUAAAAUAUCUCCAGACACAGAGGCAGACACUGGAGAGCCUGUUACCCCCUUAACAAGUGAGGCUCCUGCCUUAUUAGAAACGGGCACAGCCUUCAGCCCAAAAUCAGUCCCAGAAACAAAUAAAGGUGUGAAAGACAGUGGAAGAGAGAAGCCAGUCUUCUCCUUUUCCAGUCCAUCCCCAUCUCUCAGGCAAAUUAUUCCAGAGAUCAAGUUAGGUUUCAAUAAAGCUGAGCUCAUAACUCCCUCAAAGUCAGUGGUCUUCAGCCCUGAAGAGCCCACCUUCUUGCGUUUAACAUCAUCUUCCAAAGAAACAAAGGGGCAGAGCCCCGCUUUCCAGACCUCCCUCUCAGCAGAUGCCCUGAACACUGAAGAAACGGAGACAAAAUCAGAUCAGACAAGCAUGGAACAGCCUAGGGCUGGAGCCCCCAGCACCUCGUUUGGGCUUUCUCUCUUCCUUCUGCCCAGUGUCAUCCUGGUCGGCCUUCUUCUUUGAAUGGUCUUUCUCAACUGUCCCUGCACCAAUUGUCAAGGCUUUCUUCAGCAUUGGUCCAACAACCCUGGUAGGCUUGGGAGGCCCUACGGACAAUUCAGGUUACCACAGUCUCUGCUGGGCCUUCUUCCACUGGCUAACCUGCUCCAGCCUCAUUGUGCCAAGGGUGGCUGGCAGUCCCAUAAGCACUAGGUUCCCUACCUGAGAUCUGAGGGUAGGAAGGUGACUGCCAUUAUGCUGGUGGCCAUGGACACUGACAGCUCACCUUUCUUCACAGCCAGCCUGGGUUUCCAGUCCAUUUCCAAACUGGAAAUGAUAAGCAGUCUCAUCUCCCUGUGUGGCUGGCAGGCCCUGCCUCACUGUUUCCACAGGAAAAGCAGAACACCUUGGAAACCUAAAUGGAGAUGAGAUUUGGUUGUUGGUUUGGUGUUUUUCUAUCAGGAUGAGUUUCCAACAAAAAUGCUCUCUCUCUCUUUUUUUUUUUUUUUUUUUUUUUUUCUCCUGAUGUGCCUUUGUGUCUCAAUUUUGGUAAAGUUUCACCCCUGCUUUCCUUGUCAAAAAAAAGGUGAUGUGUUCUUUAUUCCACAGGAGAGGAAAAAAAAGACUAUUUACUUUUUGUUUCUGAUACAGCCGUGGCCAGUACUAUAAAGAUGUACUCCUUUCUCCUCCUCGCACCUCUGCAGUACUUGCCUCCUACCUCGCUUCUGUCUGCUGUAUGUAUCCAUUCCACAAUUAGUCCAUUGCUGUGACUUUAUUUUACGCACGUGCAUGCAUCUGUGUGCAUGCACAGAAGAAAGCUUGUCAGUACUAGAAAGGAGCUACUAGCUCCUUCAUAAAGCGUUUUUCUGCAUGACUUCCCUCUUUGUGUAACUUAAGCAUAUGAUGUAUUUGAAGUUAGAUACGGAUCCUGGUUGACAUAUAUUUCACAUGUGGUGGAACCUGGUCCAGGAGAAGAAAACUGAUCACGUGCCUUUUGUGCAGUUGGAGCUUGAGAGAUCCCAAGUGAAUGAUGUUAGAGCUAACAACGGUUCCAGGACUAGUUGCAGGACAGCUUUUGCUCUCUGGGACACUCGUGUCUUGUCCCCUCAUGUCUCUGCUCUAUUCAUCUUAAGAUUUCCAGAAGGGUGUGUGAAAUGUGACAAGUUUUGCAGAAGGGACUAGGAGAAACAGUCCUUCCUCUGACUGUUGCAUCCUUUGGUUUCUUAAUGACGAGGUGGAAAAUGACCUGAAAUCCAAUAUUCUUGUCCUCCCUCAGGGUGCUGUUUUCUGUGCAUCCCCCAGGGCACUCACUGAAUAAAUCCUGUUGUGAAAGCCA